AUGUCUCCAGACCGGCUGUUGUUACUGAUGGAGCUGCUCAGAGACUGCUUCCUCUCUUCACUUUUUAGAGACAGCAGUUUCAUCAGAGCAGCCUGCCCAUCAUGGCCUCCCUGGCCAACUCACCUGUCUCCUUCAGCUGCAGGAUCAGCUACCCGUACACCCCCCAAUUCAAGGCUUUCACAGUCAGUGACCCACAGCAGCCUGCCCAUCGUGGCCUCCCUGGCUAACUCAGCUGUCUCCUUCAGCUGCAGGAUCAGCUACCCGUACACCCCCCAAUUUAAGGCUUUCACAGUCAGCUACUUUCAUGAAGACCUCCAUGGGCGAAGGAGCCCUGAGAAGCCAACCAACUGCCACCCUGGACUGGGCAUAGAGAACCAGACCUAUGCCCUAAACUGCCUGGUCACCCUUGUGCCGUUGGACACAUCAGCGACUGGCACCUACUACUGCUCUGUCAACAGGCCACACCCUGUGGCAACAGGCAGUGGCACCUUCAUCCUGGUCAGAGACACAGGGUACUGAGAGCCCCUGUGGAGCCCUUAGAAGCUCCUGCUCUUUGGCUUCACCGGCCUCCUGAGUGUCCUGAGUGUUGUGGACACAGCCCUGUGGCUCCAGAAGAAGAGGCAGAUGCAGGCUCCACGGAAGGAUCCCACCAGGAAGUGCCCAGCUCCAAGAUCUGCCAGCAGCCCCAAACAGCCUCCUACAGAAUACGUCUACACA